UGCAAGAUUGGUCAACCCAUCCUUGAAGCAGUGUGGAAACAGGGAUUUUUGGAAUGAUAUAAGGUUGAUGCAUCAUAAAAAAUUUGUGAAGAUCAGACUUUCUGAUACUAAUAAUAACUAUGGAGUUGUACAGAUUAGAUCUUCCUGACCAUUCUGUCAUGUCAUCUAGAUGUCAAGGACAUUGUGAUGUUGACUGCCAGGGAAGCUUUGUCAGAAGCAAAAUUCAAAGUUGUGGUUUUCCUUUCUUUGUGACUUUGAACAUCACUCUGAAGCAAUGUGGGGCAAACAAAGAGCCUUCUGAAGAAAAAGCUAAAGAAAAAAGAAAGAGAGAUUUUGGAUUGGGAAUAAAGACAUGGAUUGGGAAUAAAGACACGGAUCAGGAAUAAAGACACGGAUCAGGAAUAAAGACACGGAUCAGGGAUAAAGACACGGAGCUGGAAUAAAGACACGGAGCAGGGAUAAAGACACGGAUCAGGGAUAAAGACUCGGAGCAGGAAUAAAGACUCGGAGCAGGGAUAAAGACUCGGAGCAGAGAUAAAGACACGGAUCAGGGAUAAAGACACGGAGCAGGGAUAAAGACUCGGAGCAGAGAUAAAGACACGGAUCAGGGAUAAAGACACGGAUCAGGAAUAAAGACACGAAUCAGGAAUAAAGACACGGAUCAGGGAUAAAGACACGGAUCAGGGAUAAAGACACGAAUCAGGGAUAAAGACACGGAGCUGGAAUAAAGACACAGAUCAGGGAUAAAGACACAGAUCAGGGAUAAAGACACGGAUCAGGGAUAAAGACACGGAUCAGGGAUAAAGACACGGAUCAGGAAUAAAGACACGGAGCAGGGAUAAAGACACGGAGCUGGAAUAAAGACACGGAUCAGGGAUAAAGACACGGAUCAGGAAUAAAGACACGGAUCAGGAAUAAAGACACGGAUCAGGGAUAAAGACACGGAUCAGGGAUAAAGACAUGGAUCAGGGAUAAAGACACGGAUCAGGAAUAAAGACACGGAUCAGGAAUAAAGACACGGAUCAGGAAUAAAGACACGCUGCUCUGUUUCACAGAAUGCAAUCAUCCUGCAAUCCAUCCUAACUCGGCAAUCCAUCCUAACUCGGCAAUCCGUCCUAAUUCGGCAAUCCGUCCUAAUUUGGCAAUCCGUCCGAACUCGGCUAUCUGUCCGAACUCUGCAAUCCGUACGAACUCUGCAAUCCGUCCGAACUCGGCUAUCCGUCCGAACUCGGCAAUCCGAACAAACUCUUCUGGAUUCUCUGAACUGGUACGGAUGUUUCGAAAUAAAGUGAAGUACCUACAGGAUUUAAUCUCAGGCUCUUCCCUAUGCUGCACAGAAUGACAACAAUCCUAAACCAGAACUGUCUCUCCUUAUGCUGCACACAAUAACAUAUCCAUCCUAAACCCUAACUGUAGUUUUGUGGAACCUGGGGACUGUAUUCUGCUGUGGAUGUUUAGAUACCUCAUAUCUAAACUCAGGGUUUCCCUUUACUGAACAGAAUGUACUAUCCAUCCUAGCUCAGCAAUGAGUCCUAACUCUGUGUAAUGGAUCCAGUGGAUGUUUAGAGGCACCGUAUUUCUGUGGAGAAUUUCCAGUAGGACCUCACGAUUCUCUGGAGACUAUCACUGUUGAAGCCCUCUGCUCCACUAGGAGCUGAACGGAAUAAGCCAAGUCCCAAUAAGACCUCUGGGACCCAGGUCCUCCCUGUAGAACCACUUCUAUAUCUACAAAUUCUUCUGGAUCUAAUGUACUGGAGUAGGAGUUGAGCUAUGGAGUAAGCUAUCUCUCCUAGGAUCCAUAUUUAAGUUGAAGUUUCUGCUCACUCUAUAGAGCCCAAGGACAUCCAUGAAGAUGCACUCUUAAGAAUUUUUCGCUUCACUUAAAAGAAUAACUCAAGUCCAAUAAGACAUUCGGGCAUCACCAGCACCAUGCCUUACCACGAUGAGGAAUACCCUGACCAGACCCUGUGGCAGGCAGUGGUACUCUUCUGCUGUAAAGGAAUGAUCGAAGGCAUUAUGGUCGUCCUGUUCUUCUGGCUGCUCAUACAGGUUCUGUUCACCAAGCAACUGGAAGUCCAUCUGCAGGUUCUGCUGUUGGUUGGCUUGGUGACAUUCUGUCUCUGUCUAAUCCUGGGCUGUGUGUUGUGCUGGAAGAGGAGUAAGACCUGUCCUCUCCAAGACCAGGAGCCUAGAACACCACCACCACCUGGUGACACCAUGACCCUGGGAGUCCAGGCACAGAGCCCCGCUUCACCUCAUCCUCCCCAGGCAGGGACCACCACAACCAGGCAGCAGGAUGAGGAUCUAGACGGGGAGGUAGUGGAGUACCCCACCACCUUCAGCAGCUCUACUCCCUCCGAUGAUGACUUCACCACUCUUCCCCUCUCCUCCCAUCGCUCCUCCCGUGGAGCCUCCUCCGAGCACAAGGAGCAGCAUCCCAAGUCCUACUUCCCCCUGCGUCGUCUAUCCACACCCUCCAUCGCCUCCCCGCACUACAAGCCCAUGAACUCCCACCAUGGUGGUGGACGCUCCUCUUUCCCCUCCCUCCCUCGUCUGGGUCUCAUCUCCAAGACUCGCCAGACUCUGGAGCGGAGUUGCUCCAUCACGGGACACAGCCUGUACAGCGAGCGCAGAAGACUCACCAGUACAUCCUCAUACCAUACUCCUUCCACCUGCGCCCCCGAGGAUGGCCACUUCGCCCCCAUCCCACUCCACACCCUCCACUACGGGUCCAGCUGCAGAGAACCAGCUCGGCCGGCCCCAACCCUCCACUUCACCAUGUCCUUCUCCUCAGAGAAAGGCACCCUGAGCAUCACGGUCCUCAGCCUGACCGGAACCACUCACCGCCUGGGGGAGGUGUCUGUGAUGGCCAACCUAGCCCCUCUGUGCCCCUGCCCGCUCCAGGCCUCCACCCUCUGUAGCCCCAGCCUUAGCCCCAACUCCAGCCUUAGCCCUGGGCCUAAUCUGGACCCUCACACCCUGGGCUUGACCAUGAAGGCUGGUUCCCUGGAGGAACUUCAGCGCUGUGUGCUCAGACUGGUUGUGUACACACGAAACCUACCCAGCCUGAGGGGCUCUCUGCUGGGGGAACUAGAGGUACAGCUGGGGGGAAAGGACUGGAAGACAGAUCAUUCUAUCUAUUGUACUAAGGAGCUUAGCCCCAAGAAGUGGAAGCUAAAAAAGAGCCUGACCUCCCAGGAUGCGGCGACCAGUAGAGGACUGAGCCUCAGCCCACAGGUCCAGGGUCAGCUGUUUAUUCUGCUCCAGUAUCAGACCCUGGCCCACCGCGUCAAGGCCAUGGUCCUCCAAGCAGAUAACCUGGUCAACCUUACACCAGACUCCCAUGUGGUGAUCAACCUGCGUCAUGACGGGUUGGUGAUCGGAACCAAGGAGACCAGGGGUGUGGGCGGGGCCAACACCCCCUUCUUGUUUGACCUGCCCCCUGGUGAUGUCACUACGCUGCCCCUCGUGAUGGAGUUCAUCGUCAUGCAGGACCACGUGUACUCCAAUAACACGGUGCUGGGGAGAGUUCUGAUUGGUCCAGAGGCUCCAGAGACGGGACGUUCUCAUUGGAGGGACAUGUGUAGCCAGGGUCAGGUGGAGAGGGCACGCUGGCACACCGUCGAACUAGAACCUUUGGAAAACAAUACAAAACAAUCAGACUCCAGAACAUUGGGAUACUAAACUAAUAACAGGACAGAUCCGGCUUGGACCGGAUUAUCGAAUAGGCACGCAGGAUUACCGAAUGGGCACGCAGGAUUACCGGCCCCCCAGAUAGUUUUUGAUAGUAAAAUGUGUAAAAUAGGAGAAAAUUUGCUUCAAAACGGCAACAUUUUCUCAUAGCCUAGAUCCAACCAAUUACACUCCAGAAUUCUGAGAUACUGACCAACCAGAACCUCUAUAGGACAUCAUCAGCCAAUCUCUGAUGUACUCUGGACAAUUCAACCAGUUCACCUUUGGCCCUGAUGGACUCAAAACAAUCUGAGACAGCCAUACCAUGAGAAAAUCCAUUGGCUAGAAAUCCAUGAAGACUUCUUCCCACCAACAUUUUCCUGGGAUUGAGCAGAUCAUAGACUGCUAAUAUAGCUGGAUGGAGUGAUACUGUACCAUCUGGUGAGCAUGACUGGAAGUGAACGUGAGCAUGACUUUUUGGAGAGACACUUGAUUUGGAAAACUUGCAUGCUUUAAACUGGCAUUUGAACUGGAGAAUACAAGCAUUGAAUAUGAUAUAAUCAUGCCGCUUGGUGGAGGUAUUGUAGCUGUGUACUGUAAAUACACUACAUGAUCAAAAGUAUGUGGACAACUGCUCGUCAAACAUCUCAUUCCAAGAAUAGGCAUUAAUAUGGAGUUGGUCCCCCCUUUGCAGCAAAACAGUUUCCACUCUUCUGGGAAGGCUUUCUACUAGAUGCUGGAACAUUGCUGCGGGGACUUUCUUCCAUUCAACGACAAGAGCAUUAGUCAGGUCGGGCACUGAUGUUGGGCGAUUAGGCCUGGUUCGCAGUCAGCAUUCCAAUUCAUCCCAAUGGUGUUCGAUGGGGUCAGGGCUCUGUGCAGGCCUGUCAAGUUCUUCCACACCGAUCUCGACAAACCCAUUUCAUGAAGCUCCCAACAAACAGUUAUUGUGCUGUCAUUGCUUCCAGAGGAGGUUUGGAACUCGGUAGUGAGUGUUGCAAGUGACGACAGAAGAUUUUUAAGCACUGCACGCUUCUGCACUCGCCAGUCACAUUCUGUGAAAGUGUGUGGCCUACCACUUCAGGGCUGAGCCGUUGUUGCUCCUAGACGUUUCCAUUUCACAAUAACAGCACUUACAGUUGACCGGGGCAGCUCUAUCAG